AUGGCGGUGGACGAGGAGCUGCUCAUGAGCCAGGACCAGACCAUCAUCAUCACGACACUCAACACGGAGGAGCUGUCGAUGCUGGACGGCGCGCCCACCACCCUGGGACUGGGGGGCAGGCAGAUGUACCGCUGCAACAAGUGCGACCGCGCCUACUACCACACGCAGUCGCUGAUGCGGCACCGCAAGGUGGAGUGCGGCAAGCAGCCGCAAGUGUCGUGCCCGCACUGCCCGUACCGGUGCAAGCAGAAGGCCGACAUGAAGAAGCACAUCAACCGCGACGCAGGCGACGCGGACUGGUACCGAGAGGCUUACCGACAGGGCUUGGAAAGCGGCCUCCACGGCCUGGGUGCAGAACCAGAUCCCGGCGCGGAGUUUGGCGCGGAGCUAGGCGCGGAGCUAAUGCCGGGCACGGAGCCCAGCGCGGACUCGCGGUUCGUGUGCUCCUCGUGCCUCAAGCGCUACCGCGACUACAACUCGCUGUGGAAGCACGUUAAGUUCGUGUGCGGCAACUCGUUCGCGCGCUACCAGUGCCCGUUGUGCAUGGUGCGCUGCAAGCGCAGGGACACGAUGCGCCGCCACAUGUUGAUGUUUGAUUUUGUUCAUGGAGACUUUGUCAUGUGCUUGCUUUCGUGA